AGAUUUUCAUUAAGAAGRYUUACAUCAAAAUACGCGAAAAAAUAGUUGAAGGAGGGACUUCAGCCUGACAAUUUCAAAUCMCAGUACUUGAAAUCGAAAUACUGAAUCAAAGAGGGAAACCAGACUAUUCUCAAAAUAAUGUAUACUCGGUAAGGAGUGUUUGGUAAUAUUCAGCUUMAAGUUUUGGAAGCAAGUUUUCGAAUAAUARGAGUAUCUUAAGACUUCAAUUUCCACAGCUGCGCAAAAAUGAUCUUAAACGAAUCUUCUGUGAACGUUUCAACCUUUUUUGGUGUCCAGACUCUGCAAUCACUKMCUUUUCAGAUCGACCGUUCUUUGAUAAUACCUCGAAUCAUCAUCUACGUYUUCAUUGGAUCCUUCAUCCUUGUUGGAAAUGCCUUCUGYCUGGUUGUUUUCCUGCGCACAAAGUCUCUAAGACGUCGUUCUUACGAUCUUCUGAUAAGCCUAUCAAUAGCAGACCUUCUUGUCGGAUUUUCCAGCAUUCUAAUAUGCGUAGAAGAUGGCCUGACUUUGCAGAACAAGCGAAAUGAUAUCCUACCUAUUUGGAGGGAUGUCUCACAAUAUUUCCCUCGCAUGUGUUCGCUUUUUACCGUUGCAAGUGUCGCCGUUGAGCGUUUUUGGGCGGUAGGGUUUCCUACCAAGCACAGAACGGCUGGAAAGUACCCUUAUAUAYUACUCAUAACAACUCCAUGGWUAAUGGCCCUGUGGUUAUCGCUUCUUUACCUCAGUAGCACACUGGGUUUGACUUCCUUCAGUGUAUUUAACUACAUUGAUGUAUUUCUCUCGCAGCUCACACUUCUCACAAUAGKUCUAGCGUACUGUGGGUUAAUGGUCAAAAUGAAGUCAAACACAAUAAGAAACAGACAACCGAGGAGCAUUUUAAAAGAGCGCAAGUUAGCGGUGACGCUAUUUGUAGURACAUUAGCAUCGUUGAUAACCAUCUACCCAGUGAAUAUCUACUUUGUYAUACAAAUAUUCCAUGGAGGACAUGAAUUUGAGAUUUCUGCAAAUCUUUUUCUUUUUCUUAUAGCACUAGCAUGCUGUAAUUCCGGCGUCAACGUCGUUGUUUACAUGUUCAGAAUUAAAGAAUUYCAAAGGGUCGCUUUCAGAAUGCUCGGAAGACAUGGUGCACGUGUUACUUGCUCGACAAGAAAUGAAKGUCUUCCCUCACAAAAUAACAGUUCUCUGGCGAAUUCGAAGAUCUAG